UACACCUGCACUGUCGAAAUGGCCGGCAUCCUAGGCCACAAGCAGGAACUCUCGUCGCCCUUCCAGGUGGCCGGCCACCGCGAGUGGCACGACGUCUAUGCCCAGCUCCGCGGCACCCAGCUGUGCCUCUACCGCCUCAAGAACCCAAACCUCCUCAGCAAGAACAAGAAGGCCUCGCCGGGGCGACUGCUCAAGACGUACUCGCUGCAGCACGCCGAAGUCGGCAUAGCCUCGGAUUUCAAGAAGACGGCAUUGGUGCCAAAGUCGCCCUUUGUCCACCUCGUCCCCGUUGCCGCACGACCCAAGCUGUACGAGUCGGAUCCCCAGCUCUUUGAGCCCGUCCGAGAGCACGUCAUCCGCUUGCGCCUCGAGUUUGAACAGUUUCUGCUGUGUCCCCCAAGCGAGGAAAGCAUGCUUGACUGGGUAGAGUCUUUCUGCGCUGCCAUCGACAUUAGCUCGCCGCUAGAGGACCGUAGCGAGCCGCGCUAUCGAAGCCUGCCCCGACGGAGCAGGCGCCAGCGAGUCUUGGACAGCGCCCAGGUCGCCGAAAACCUCGACGGUCUAUCGAGUCUGGAAGCCGGUCGCCGCCUCAUCGCAGAACAGGAACACAUUAUGCGCCAGCUCUACCCUAAUUUAGCCGGAAACCGUGAACCAAGCUCAAGCCGCCAGUCACCCCCUGCCGACGCCGAGAUUGACGACUUUGAUCCAGAAGACGUUCGCUUUCCUACAGGAGCAGCCAGAGACUCGCUCCACCGCCUCUCUUCACACGAGCACCCCGAUGGCGACGACGAAGCAUCGGCCGACCCAAAGUCGACGCCUGUAGUCCGACCAUCGUCGAGCCAGAUGAUGCGAUAUCGCCGUCGCUGUGCCCCGGUCCUGCUCGCUUCUUCGCCACGUGUAAGUGACGUAGUCUUUGCAAAGGGACAGCGGUUCCGUAUCAGCGUCAAGGCACACAUGCUGGUUGAGUACGCCGCCCACCCGCCUCGGUACGAUGCACAUGGCUUUUCCAAGUCUAGGCGCUCUGUCCGAAUCAGCACAAGCGAAGAGCCGCCUACCGUGGUUCCAGACGAAGCCACUCCUCCAGCCAUUGUCCCGGAACGGCCUAGCUCGCCUGUUCGUGGCAUCAGUGACGACUCCAUUACAUCCAUUACCUUUGGCGAAGACCUCGCCCCUAUCAAUUCAAAGACAAACACCGACGACACUGGUCCAUCAGGCCCGCCAUCCCCAACCGGAAAGUGUCAACCAAACGCAGAUGGCGCACGCCAGCUGGAUGACAUGGGCAAGCGACGGCCCAGCAUCGAGAGUCGCGCAGCCAGCCUCAGCCCUGUCACUCUGGAUGUCGGAUUCCUUGUAUGAGAACAAAGCUACUACUACGUACCCAUCACACCCAC